AUGGAUGAGCUCCAGGACGCGAUCCAAGACGCGCAGUACAUUGGUGCCAUGGUCGACCCGCGGCCGCGGCCCACGAUCGCCUUUUACACGCCGUCGCCCACCGAGCUCGCGGAUUUUAUUGCCAAGCAAAACCGCAUCAAUGCCGAGUGGCUCGGCGUCGAAGCCCUUCUGUCGCAGCCGCUGGGGUUUUACCUCUUUCACCGGUACUGCGAAGCCGAAGCGCACGGCGUCGAGAAGCUUGUGUUUCUCAUGGACGUCCACGCCUUUCGCAACAUUCCGCAGCACAAUCGGCAACUGCAGAAAGCCAAAGCCAUCUACAAGCGGUACUGCGACGAAGCCUCGACCGUUCUUUUGCAGCCCGUUGUACUAAAAGAGCCGCCACCGGCCGCGCCCAAGGCGCCCGGGGAGGCCAACUUUGCCUGGAAAAAAGAAUUUAAGUUCUCGCUUGCCGACGGGACGCAGCUGUACAUGAGCUACAAGAACGACGCCCACGUCCUCGGCGUCGCCGGUCCGAUUUUGACAGCGAUCCGGACGGCGCUUGACCGCGAAGAAGAGAAUGCAAUGGACUCGGAUGCCAAGUCGUCAAUGGACGUCACGCUCUUCCACCAGCUGGAAGCGUGCGUCAUUGGUGCCCUCGACGUUGUGCACAUGGCCGGCUUCCGCGCCAGCAGCUUUUACAACCGGUUGGUGCAAUUCCUCUAUCUGCAGUCGCGCGAGAUUGGCGAAGACGACUUUUCGCUCCUGCGUGUGCUCGGGCGUGGCGGCUUUGGCAUGGUCAACGGCACCAUCAAGCGCAACACCGGCAAACUGUAUGCGCUUAAAGCGAUGAACAAAAAGAUCAUCAAGAAGAAACAUGCCGAGAAGCUCUGCUUGGCCGAGCGUGCGAUUCUAACGAUGCUCAGCUCGCCCUUUGUCGUGUGUCUCAAGUACGCCUUCCAAACCAAGGAAGACUUGUACCUCGUGCUGGAUCUGCGCACGGGCGGCGACCUCAGCUUCCACCUCAACCGCGGCCGGUUCACCGAGGAGCAAGUCAUGUUUUGGGCGGCGCAAAUCCUGCUCGGCCUGCAGCACAUGCAUGAAAACAAUAUAGUGUACCGCGACCUCAAGCCCGAAAAUAUUCUGCUCGACGACAAAGGCAACUGCUCCAUCUCGGACCUCGGGUUGGCCGUCGAGGUGACACCCAACCUCUGCGGUCGUUGCGGCACGCGAGGCUACUGGGCCCCCGAGAUGCUGCUCCGCGACUCGCAAGGCAAUCGCCUCUUUUAUGACCAAGCGGUCGACUGGUGGAGCUACGGCUGCGUCGUCUACGAAAUGCUCUACGGCAAGUGCCCCUUCCGAACCUCGAAAGCCAAAGCUCUGCACGCCGACAAGCAAAAGCCUACGACAUGGCAACGCUCGAACUCACACCCACGUACGACCCAAAGUACUUUACGCCGGCCGCCACCGACCUCCUGCAGCGGCUCUUAAUACGAGACCCACGCCUCCGCCUUGGCGCCAACGGGGCCGACGAGAUCAAAAAGAUGAAAUUUUUCGAGAACGUCGACUGGGCCGCGAUGGAGUCCAUGUCAGUGCCGCCGCCCUUCGUGCCGGACCGCGACAUCAACGCGGCGUCGCAAGCCGACAUUGGCUGCUUUGACCCGGCCGUGACACAGGGUGUCAAGCUCGUUGAGGCCGACCAAGAGUUUUACAAGGACUGGCAGUUUUGCAGCCACAUUGCCUUCCAGAACGAAAUCGUCGAGUACAUGGAGUGGGAAGUCAAACAAGGGCCGAUAACGAUCCCCCACUCGGCCAACUCGUGCUGUGUUAUCUCCUAGUUGUCGUUGUCCGCUAAGUUAUUCCAAACACAAUAAUGUAGACUCGUGUACCUAA